CCCCGGUGGGUGUGUCCACAGUGUCUCCGCCUUCGGUGUCAUGGACGCUCUGAGAUCUGCCGGUAAAGCGAUUCUAAGGAGCCCGAGCCUCGGGAGACCCCCGCGGGACCCCCGGCACCAGAAGCUGGCGGAGAGCUGGAGCGACGUGAAGGAGAGUCUGCUGGACGGGAUGGUUUUCCGCCUCAAGUAUCUGGGAAUGACUUUGGUGGAGAAGCCGAAAGGAGAGGAUAUGGCCGCCGCCGCCAUCCGCAGGAUUAUUACCAUGGCCCGCGUCGGUGCGAAGAAGUUCCAGAAGGUGACGCUGACGGUGACGCCACGCGGGAUCUCGUUGCAGGACUCGGAGGACGGCCAUCUCAUCGAAUUCGUGUCCAUUUACAGGAUUUCUUACUGCUCCACCGAUAAAGUCCAGAAUAAAGUGUUUGCCUACGUGGCCCAGAACCAGACCAACGAGGCCCUCGAGUGCCACGCGUUCCUGUCUCCCAAGAAGAAGAUGGCUCGGGCGGUGACGCUGACGGUCGCGCAGGCGUUUCAAGUAGCUCUGGAUUUGUGGGAAUCUGCCAAGGAAGGUAAAACGGAGCCGUGCGCAUGCAGCGGGACACGUCUGGCUCCCACAUCUGACUCCCCGGCAGGUUGUGUCGGCGAUCAGGUGACUGACGGCUGCGCGGGGGCUGCAGGACACGUACGUCACGUGGCUGAAGAAGAGGACGAGUUCGAGGAUUUGGAUGAAGCCUUUUCCAGGGUCGUUGAGUCUGGCCGGUACGUGCCACGCACGGAAGUGACAUCAGAUCUCCUGCGGUGGUGCGCGGGGCCCCGGAGCCGUGGUGGAUGAAUGGUUUACCUGGAUUCCCGGUGAUGAUCCUGCGCUGGGGAGAAGCUGCCUUUAAAGGGUCUCCUGGGACGUGGCCUGUGGUCACCGCCGUAGACGCUCCGCUUCGCUCCUUCAUUGGAGCUGGGGCCACCGCGCUCCACGGAUGGCCGCUUCCAUAUUGACCCUACUGGGGUACUUUGUUGAAGGUGGACUGCCCUGCACUGAGGGCGCCUGAUGUGCUUUUGGACCUUUAAAGUUCAGCCCCACGAAAGAUCUGAACAUCCAGCAAAUCGGGGCCACGGACCGUUCAACCUCUUACGCCCGGCUUGGGCCAAUGUCUUCCCAGGCCCACCACGGGCCAGCGGCCACGUUCCCUUCCCCCGCCGCGGACCAGCG